CAUCAACUUCAAGACUUUGCAAUUUUCCUGCCGUAGGAACACAACCUACAGCAGCCAAUGACAGUCGACGAUGAGGUCAGCCUCCGGCCCCUAGCCCUCAGGCCGGGGGGUAACGUAGCUAAUCCUUUUGCAAGCUUCGGCAAGGGCCUUGGCUUCGGCAUCAAGGGCAAGAAAGCCACUACAUCGGCAGCAGCUGAGGACAAGCCGCCGAAGAAGAAUGGCGAGCGCGUCCGUUAUCCCAAGGAGUUCUUGCUGAAGUUCAUGGAGAAGUACAACAACUGCCCAAGCGAGCUUGAGCAACUGAACCUGGAGAUUGUUGUGACAGGCGAGGACCGCCAGGCGCAGCAGGAGGUUUUGCAGAAAGUUGCGGAGGAGAUCGACGACCGGGACUGGCGCUCGCGCACUGUCACCAAUUACCGUGAGGCACGCGAGGACCGCGAUUUCCGGGAGCCACGCCAGCAGCGUGAGCCAAGGGAGCCCGCGGAGCCUCGUCAGCAGCGGCAGGCAGCACCCCGGCAGGAGGCGGCAGCGCAGCCACAGCAGCCAGCCCAGCCCGCUCAGCAGGCCCCAGCACAGCAGCCAAGCGAUGCGGCAGGUGCCUCUGGGCAGGAUGUCUCGCGUAUUGCGAAGGCAGCGGAUCUCGGUCGCCAAGCGUAUCGUCCCGGAGGCACGCUGUCGGCUGAGGAGCGGGCGGUCCGCUCGGUCAAGGGUAUCCUGAACAAGCUGACGCCGGAGAAGUUUGAGCGUCUGCUGAACCAGCUGCUGGAGGUCAUUACCACGGCGGACGUCCUUCAGAAGACGAUUGCCCUGGUGUUUGAGAACGCCGUAGAGCAGCCCACCUACGUGGCAAUGUACGGUGACCUGUGCGUCAGCCUAUCAAAGGAGCUUCCGCACUUCCCACCGCCGCCUGGAUCCGACAAGCCGCUGACCUUCCGUCAGAUUCUGCUCAACACGUGCCAGGACGAGUUCGAGGGCGCAGCUGACGCGCGUGAGGAGGUUUCGACCAUCAGCGACCCCACGGAGCGCGAGGAAGCGGAGCGGGGCGUGAAGAAGCGCGUGCUGGGCAACAUGCGCCUCAUGUCGGAGCUCUAUAAGCACGACAUGGUGAAGGACUGGAUCAUGGUUACCUGCAUCGACGAGCUGCUGACCGCCCGGGCCUCCAAGUCGGCGAAGACGCCCCCGGAGGACAACAUCGAGGCCGUGCUUGAGAUCGUGAAGCUGUCGGGUGCCAAGCUCUCAAAGAGCGAGAAGGCCGACACGCUCAAGAAGCUCGACAAGGUGAUGAAGGAUCUGGAGCGGCUCAUGGGCGACAAGGCCAACGGCAUCUCCACGCGUGUGCGGCUGGCCAUCAAGGACGUUAUGGAGCUCAAGCGCGCCAACUGGAUUCCCCGCCGCGAGGCCUACACGGCCAAGAAGCUGGACGAGGUCCGUGCGCAGGCGGAGGCGGAGCUGGGUAUGAUCAGUUCCAGCAUUGCCGCGUCGCUGCCGCAGCUGCCCAGCGCCAUCCCGCGGUACGGGGAUUCCAUGGGCGCCGGUGGCCUGGCGGGUGCUGGUGGCCGGGACGAGGGGCUCUUUGGGCUCAUACCGCCGCUGCGCUCGGAAGGGGAUGUGGCGCUCUUCCCGGCUUUCCGCGGGGACGCAGCGGACCGGGGCUUCACCGGCAACAGCGCGCUGCUGGGCGACUACACGCCGCCGACAGUGCGUGUGCAGCUGCCCAUGGCGCGCCAACAGCCCGUGCAACAAGCGCCACAGGAGGCGCCGGCCCCUUCACGGCCGGCCGUCGCCCCGGGGAAGCCGCUGAGCGAGGAGGAGGUGACUCGCAAGGCGGAGAGCCUCUACCAGGAGUUCACCAGCACACUCGACAAGGCGGAGGCGACGACAUGUGUGCGGGAGCUCGGGUCGGAACACCUAGCGAAGGUGGUGGAGAUUGGUUUGAACCAGAUCUUCAACUCGCUAAAGGACAAGGAGCAGGACGCCCUGCUGGACCUCUUGUUGCACCUGCACGAGGCGGGGGCGAUCAGCAGCGCCAACGUCGUGGACGCGCUCACCACGUUCACCACGCAGCUGGAGGACCUCAGUAUGGAUGUGCCCAAGGCGCCGCAGCUGCUGGGCCGCUUCUACGGCUCCUGUGUGUCGCGGGGCAUCGCUUCUCUGGACCUGCUGCCCCAGCUCAUGGAGGGCGACGCGUCCGUGGAGCCUAAGCGCCGCUUCAGCGGGGCAGCAUUCAAAGUGCUGCGCACUGCCAAGGGCGACCAGGGCCUUUCCAAGUUGUGCGCGGAGGUUGGGCUGGCUGCGGGCGCCUUCCUGGCGGCAGAUCCGGAGUUUGACCAGGGAGAGCCAGCGGUGGAGGAGUGGCUGAAGGCGGAGGGUCUGGCGGGCAUCGUGCCGGUGUAAGCGGCUUGACUUGGAGCGCGUGGGGUGAUGGGAUUGCUCUGUCGGGGAUUCAUGAGUGUCAGGGGCAUGCGGCGUUUCACUGUUGCCAUCCCUGACGGGACUUGCACUGGGUCAGCAUACUAGGCGGACCAGUCCCCUAGCCACAACGGGACUGGGCACUUGGGAACCGAACAUAUGUGGUCGGACAGGAUGUGUUGCACAGUAGAGCGCGGGCUUGGAAGUCCGGCUUUCCUAGGUGCAGGAUUUAGUUUAGAGCGGCCGAGGGAUAAGGGGCCGCGCGUAUGUGGCCUAAACUGGUAGCAUGCCUGCGAUGCAGUUUUCCGCAUAACGAUACAUUAUCAACCGGAUCGCUGGCAAGUUGCAUGGGGAUGCAAGUACAGUGGACGUGGAUGCUGUCGGCGUAUGGCGGGUUAGAGCGAACGUGGCUGGAACGCCGCAAGGCAGGCUAGCGGAGAAGAGAGCGUCAUGAAGACGCAGUUGAAUGGCUAAACAUGCCAACUACCUGGGAGUGCUCCGUAAGUCGUGCGGCUGCACAUUCCCCGUUAAAUCGCCAAGGAAAUCCUUGCUUGCUCCA